AUGUUCACAUUGAUAAUAUCAGCGAUCGUAAUCAUUAAAGUUUUUCUUCUUGUCCGCAAAAUUCUGCAGCCAUAUAAUCGAAUUCGCAAACUCGGUGAUGUCGGAUUAUUCCUCGGUGAUCCGGAGCUGAAAGGCGUCUAUCGUGAGCGUCAAAUUAGUCGACUCACAAAACUUCGACGAGUUGGUGCUUUGCCACCUGUUUAUCCAAAUGGAUGGUACUGUAUUGCAGAGUCCGAUCAAUUGAAACUGAAAAGUAUACGAGAGGUAACCGUGUUCGGCCAGUUUCUUACACUUGUGAGGUCCGAAAGUGGUCAAGUCUACUUGAUUGACUCCUACUGUCCACAUCUUGGCGCUAAUUUUAACGUUGGCGGAAAAGUUGUAGAUGACAACUGCGUUCAAUGUCCCUUUCAUGGUUGGGUGUUUUCUGCAGAAACGGGAAAAUGCACACGAAUACCUUACAAUGAGGGCAGUAUUCCACAACAAGCACAGGUCGCCGUAUGGCCAGUCCUAGAAAGAAAUCAGCACAUCUACGUUUGGUACCACUGCGAUGGUAAAGAACCGGAAUGGAAUAUUCCAGAAUUUGAUGAGAUCCUCAACGAAGAAUGGAAAUAUGGUGGACGGACGGAACACGAAGUGAUGUGUCAUUGUCAGGAGAUACCGGAAAAUGGCGCUGACAUUGCUCAUCUCAACUAUUUGCAUCUCUCUGGACCAAAUCGAGGGAGCAAUCUGUUCAAUAUUGAUCUCGACAACAGCAAGCAUUGGAUUCGGCACGUAUGGGACGGAAAUUGGGCACCGAAAUCGAACGAUGAGUCCCAUGUAUCCGUAAUGCAUCUCGAUCAGUACUUAACUAUUGGCGGUUACAAGAUUCCUCUAACAAGCAGUCGACUUCAAGCUGAACAGCACGGGCCAGGAAUCGUACACAUGCUGUUCGAUUUUGGUAUACUUGGUAAAGGUGUUGUCCUGCAUCAUGUCACACCUCAGGAACCUCUUCUACAGCUGGUUCGCUUCAAGAUAUUCUCCACAGUGCCUUCAUGGUUCGCAAAGUUUUUCCUCAUCGGCGAAGCAACACAGUUCGAGCGCGAUGUAUUUAUUUGGUCAAACAAAAAGUAUAUCAAGAAUCCUAUCGUCGUCCGUAACGACGGACCAAUUCAAAAACACAGAAGAUGGUAUUCGCAAUUCUACUCAGAAAACAGUCCACGGUUGCUGCCUAACGGUGAGGUGUCCAAUCAAGUUCGAUCGAUCUAUGAUUGGUAG